GGACGAAGAGGACGAUGUUUUCGAAGGAACGACACAUCUGGUUCGAGUCCCAAGAACACCGGCUAGUAAUCAGCGAUCCACAGCUGAUGUCAAAAUUAACAUCGAGGGGAUGACAUGUCAAAGUUGCGUUAGCACUAUAGAACGAGUGUUAGGUGACCGGCCAGAUGUCGUCGAUAUAAAAGUGGAUUUAAAGGACAAAGCGGGUUACAUAAAAUAUGUAGUAAGUGAAACAACUCCCAGCGAAUUAGUGGAGGCAAUUAACGACAUGGGGUUCGAUGCCUCUUUACCUUCUUCAACGGGCGAUGGUACAUUUGAGAAUAGUAAUUCACCUUUGCAACCUGUUACGAGUACGUGCAGUAUACAUAUCAACGGAAUGACCUGCGGAUCUUGUAUUAAGAACAUAACUGAAGUAAUUUCGGAGAAACCUGGAGUUAAAGGAAUUGAUGUAAGCUUGGAGGCAAAAGAGGCAAAGGUCUCUUAUAGUAGUGGUGAUGUAACUGCUAACCAAAUUGCAGCAUACAUUGAAGAAAUGGGCUUUGAAGCUUUCGUUAAGGAUAUCGAUGGACAAUAUCCCGUUAAGGAUUUAAGUACUUCAUCCCGUGGUAAUGUAAAGAAUGGAGUUGUACCUAUGGAUGGACGAGGAGAUGUCGAAAGGAAACAAGUGUCCAAAUGCUUCAUGCAUAUAAAGGGUAUGACGUGUGCUUCGUGUGUAGUUGCUAUUGAGAAACAUUGUAGAAAAUUAUAUGGAGUGGAGAACAUUUUAGUAGCAUUAAUGCCUGCUAAGGCUGAAGUCAAAUACGAUCCCGACAAAAUCCAACCUAUCGAUAUCGCAUCCAGCAUUUCCGAUUUAGGAUUUCCUACGACAUUAAUCGAUGAGCCAGGUGCAGGAGAUGGAGAGGUAGAAUUGAAGAUUACCGGAAUGACGUGCGCUUCUUGCGUAAAUAAAAUAGAAUCGACAGUGAAGAAAUUACCAGGUAUUACUUUGGCCACGGUAGCACUCGCCACACAACGAGGGAAAUUUAAAUACGAUGCAGAAAAGACUGGUGUACGAGACAUUAUCGAGGCUAUCAAUAAAGUAGGCUUUACAGCAACUCUUUUGAGUAAUAAAGACAAGGAAAACAGAGGUUACCUUGAUCACAAAGAGGAUAUACGGAAAUGGAGAACUGCUUUCCUCAUAUCCCUGAUUUUUGGGAUACCAUGUAUGAUAGCGAUGACGUACUUUAUGAUAGUAAUGCGGAUUGAGAAUAAAUCUCAUUAUGAUAUGUGCUGCGUGUUACCAGGUCUUUCAUGGGAGAAUUUAAUUCUUUUCUUAUUUUCCACACCCGUGCAGUUUUUCGGAGGCUGGCAUUUUUACAUUGAAGCCUACAAAGCGUUGAAGCAUAGGACAACCAACAUGGACGUUCUUAUCUCUAUGACGACAACAAUUUCGUAUGUCUAUUCAGUAAUUGUUCUUGCAGUUGCAAUGAUUAAGCAAGAACCUACUAGUCCAGUAACUUUCUUCGAUACACCGCCGAUGUUGCUAGUCUUCAUUAGUUUAGGCAGAUGGUUGGAACAUAUUGCUAAGGGCAAAACUUCAGAAGCAUUGUCGAAGCUGCUGUCUCUAAAAGCCACAGAAGCAGUUUUGGUUACUUUAGGACCAAAUAAUGAAGUACUAUCCGAGCGAUUAGUUAGUGUCGAUUUAGUUCAACGCGGAGAUACGUUGAAAGUGGUACAAGGUGCCAAAAUUCCAGUUGACGGUAGAGUUUUAAGUGGUCAUUCGACUUGCGAUGAAAGUUUAAUCACCGGUGAAAGUAUGCCAGUGCCAAAGUCGCCAAGCUCCAUAGUGAUAGGUGGCUCUAUAAACCAAAAUGGACCUCUUUUAAUAACGGCUACUCAUACUGGAGAGCACACAACGUUGGCCCAAAUCGUGCGCCUAGUAGAAGAGGCUCAAACGAGCAAGGCUCCCAUUCAACAUCUAGCCGACAAAAUAGCAGGAUAUUUUAUACCUUUCGUAAUCGGUAUAUCAAUAUUGACCUUAGUAUCGUGGAUCAUAGUCGGUUACAUAAAUAUAGACGAACUACCAAUUUCGCCGAGCGAUCACAUUAACAAAUGUACUGUAAACAGGAAUGAACUAAUAUUUCAAUACGCAUUUCGGUGCGCAUUAUCAGUAUUGGCGAUAGCGUGUCCUUGUGCCUUGGGUCUGGCUACACCAACCGCAGUUAUGGUCGGUACAGGUAUUGGGGCACUAAACGGAAUUAUAAUAAAAGAAGCGGAAGCUUUGGAGAAUGCUCAUAAAGUACAGUGCAUUGCUUUCGAUAAGACAGGGACUCUGACACACGGUACACCUAGAGUAACCAGAAUAGGCAUUUUUGUAGAUGAGAGGAUAUGUUCUAUUGCCCAGCUGUUUUGUCUAAUUGGCACUGCAGAAGCCAACAGUGAGCAUCCUAUAGCUUCAGCAAUCGUCCGGUAUGUAAAAGAAACCAUCGGAUCUGAAGUAAACGGUGAAUGCUCCAAUUUUCAAACUGUCGUCGGCUGUGGUCUCAAGUGUAAAGUAUCUUAUUUGGAGACAAUGAUGUCGUAUGCUCUGAAAUCAGAAAACAUAGUGAACUAUAUCAACCAGAUGAAAAAAACACCUACUUGCACAGCCAGCUUGAAUGAUGUUUCUGUAGAUAUUGUACCAGUGACAACUUUUUCACAAGAAAGACAAAAUUUUGAACUUCAACAACUAUUAAGUCCUGACACUCACGGAGAUCAAACAAGUACAAAUGAUUCAUACGAAGUGUGCAUCGGUAACAGAGAAUGGAUGAAAAGAAAUGCUGUAGUCGUACCGGAAGAAGUUGAUUUCAAAAUGAUCGAUGAAGAAGAUCUUGGACGUACCGCAGUUCUCGUGUCUGUAAAUGGUACCCUAGUUGCAAUGAUCAGUGUUGCAGAUACAGUCAAAUCUGAAGCGCAUCUUGCUGUAUAUACCUUGAAAAAAAUGGGGCUGGAAGUUAUUUUAUUGACAGGCGAUAACAGAAAAACAGCUGCAUCUAUCGCUAGACAGGUGGGCAUUAGCAAAGUAUUUGCGGAGGUGCUGCCUUCUCAUAAAGUAGCAAAAAUACAAUGGUUACAAGAGCAGGGACUAAGAGUAGCUAUGGUCGGAGAUGGAGUUAACGACAGUCCAGGUCUUGCUCAAGCAGACGUUGGCAUUGCCAUUGCUUCUGGUACAGAUGUUGCCGUGGCGGCUGCCAAUGUCGUGUUAAUGAAGAACGAUCUGCUGGAUGUCAUUGGGUGUUUGCACUUAUCGAAGAAGACAGUGCAAAGGAUAAGACUAAAUUUUGUCUUCGCUAGCCUGUACAAUAUACUAGGUAUUCCAAUAGCUGCUGGUUUAUUCAGUCCAUUUGGUUUCUUCCUGGAACCCUGGAUGUCUUCAGCAGCAAUGGCACUGAGUUCCGUGUCCGUUGUCGGAAGUUCAUUGAUGCUUAAAGUAUAUCGUAAACCUACAAGAGCAUCGCUUGAAACUCCGGAAUACAUUGCGUCAAUAAAUCGCACAGCCCAAGGUAAAGAUUUGGAUACAAUUUCAAUUCAUCGUGGGUUGGAUGAUGGUAUAACAUCUACACUAAAUAAGUCAUCGUCAACAAUAUCCAGGAUGUUUGGAAGAUCUAAACAAGAUGUAGAAGGACGUCUUCUUGCAAACGAGAUAGAUGAAAACGAUUUGGCAGUGGAUUUCUCGAAUUACCAUAAGAGCAUAAAAAUUAAUGCAGCGAUUACACCUUUAUAA